CCAGGAGGAGAGAGAGGCUGGUUCACAGGCUCGCCGAGCCACACAGACACACUGCAGCCCCGCACAGACACAGCAGAGCAGGCCAGGGGCACUGGACCAAAACCAGCGGGCUGGAGGCAAACAACGCUGUCGACUGGACCCAGUUAGUCAGUCUGUCAGUGAGAUAGUGUGUCGCUGUCACACUGGAUGUGUUCUGGUUGAAGCUUUUCGGUGUUGUGGAGGGACGUUUUGGAAGUUUGUCAGAUACCUGGUGAUUAUGAUAGCGGCGCCACAGGUCUGGACCUGGUCUAACUGCAGAGCUGAGCUGAGCCGGGGGAAGGCUGAACAGCAGCAUGCACACCAUCCAUGGUCUGUGUCGGGCCUGCAUCGGACAGAACCUGCCACAGGUGACCGUUCUGAGAGGUAAAGAUGGCUUCGGCUUCACCAUCUGCUCCGACUCGCCGGUUCGUGUCCAGGCGGUGGACCAGGGGAGCCCCUCCCACCAGGCUGGCCUCCAGCAGGGAGACUCCAUCCUGCAGCUCAAUGGACUUCCUGUCGAGCAGUGGAAGUGUGUCGACCUGGCACAGGCCAUCAGGAACUGCCACAGUGAGAUCUCCAUGGUGGUGUGGCGGAGUCUGCCUGUCAUGAAGCCUUAUUUCGAGGGCCUGAUCCACCAGCCGUCCUACAAACCCCCCGCCCAGGAUGGCAGCUCCCCGCAGGGCAAGAGCGAGACAAGACCCCCCCUUUGCUGUCGCGGCCCGCGGGCCGCCUGGGCAGGCGCAGGCCCGGGUCGGAGGGCAAGGGGGGGUUCGGGGGGCUGGGGACCCUGUGGAGGGACAAGAGGGAGGAGCCAGACUACAAGACCAGGACGCACACACUCAAAGGCACGCGGGUGACCUCAUCAAACGGGACAACUACAUCAUCCUGUCCCCUGUCAAUCCAGGA